UGUGUGUUUUAGUUGUGUGUUUUAGUCUUUUCGUGCAGCUGUGAUGUUCAGGGCUUCGUUCUUCGGUAUUUUUGACUAUUAGUAGGUCACAUAUUUUCGGGGGAACUGUGGUUGUGCUUUGGUGUUUGUCUAUAGUGACUUUUAACCUGAAUUGGCUUGAAGAUGGGGGCGUCUUCCUCAUCCCAAGAAAGACAGGUGCCUGAACCAGAAGACCUAGGACAAUUCAGGAAGAACGCAGGGAUAAGAAUUGGGGAUACUUACCUAAUUCCAGAAAUUCCGGCAAAAAGGAAAGUGACCGAUUUUAAAUUCACUGUUGUCUUUGGUAUUUGCUUAAUCAUCUUGGUACCUUUUCUGAUAUACACAUUUGUUCAAUCUGAUCUUGAUCGAUUUAUUCACGGAUAUGAUAAAUGCGGCAACAUUUGUGGCGAGAAAAAUAGUCGAGUUGGCGACGUUUCUUGCUCAGGACAAGACAAGACGUAUCAACCGUUUUUGCGACUGAUUAAAAAUGAACAUGCGUAUUCGGACGACGACCAACUAUUCAUUAGGGAUGAAUGUGUCCGGGAAUGUGGAAGUGGAUACGUCGAGCUUUUCAACAGAUGUUUUCCUUCGAAGUCAAACGAUAGCCCUAGGGUUAAUAGAGACAUGGAGACAACCUUUGCGGAUAUUGGUAGAGAUAUCAAUAAAUCAGCGGGUUACAUCGUUCUUAUGUGCCUCCUAGGAUUGGUAUUUACCGUUGGAAUGCUUUUCUUGUUUCGAUAUUUCGUUGCGGUGGUCGUUUGGGUUAUUCUCAUUGGUUCACUCCUGGGUAUAAUUGCCUUAGCGAUAAUAUUCUGGGUGCUCAACAGUCGUGAAGCCACAGGACCUAACGCUGCAAGCGCUCAAUUCUUUGCCAUCUUCUUUACAAUCCUUGCAGUGAUUUUAACCAUUGUGUUAAUUUGCAUGUUCAAGCGGAUCAAACUCAUCAUCCGAUUGUUCAAAGAAGCGAUUAAAGUUAUUUUUGGCAUUCCUAUAAUUGUGUUUGAACCGCUUUUGACGUUUGUUGCCAGUUCCAUUGUAUUGAUAAUAUUCGUGUAUUUUUUGAUCGUGAUGUCCACAGCUGGAGUUCUGCAAAAAACGUUCUUUGAUGUUUAUGAAUACACACCAAAUGUGGCGAUUCUCUUUACCAUGUUCUUCCACAUUGUGAUUUGUUUGUGGAUGUGGCAAUUUAUCAUUGGGUGUCAACAUAUGGUCAUUUCUGGAGCCGUCUCGUCUUACUAUUUUGCAAGGGACAAGUCGUCUUUGGUUUCCCCCGUCUACACCAGUUUCUACAACUUGAUUAGAUAUCACCUGGGUUCGGUCAUUUUUGGUUCUUUGAUUAUCACAGUCAUUGCUAUCGUCAGAGCCCUAAUACGAGGUCUCGUAAACAACAAAUCAGCCAGGAUCCUCGUUGACUGCUGCUUAGGAGCUAUAGAAGACUUCCUGAAAUUCCUCUCCAAGAAUGCCUACAUCCUUACAGCAAUGCAUGGACAACCAUUUUUCAAAUCUGGGAAACGCGCUGUACGUUUACUUGCCGCAAACGCACUCAGUACAAUUGCGCUUAAUUCUGUUGGCGAUUUCGUUUUAGCAAUGUCGAAAAUUCUGAUAGUCGUGGCUACGAUAUUGGUUGGAUGUCUAAUGGCCGACCCUACGAUUGAACACUUCUGGGCUGCUAUUCUAAUUAGCGCGAUUGUGACCGCUAUUGUAGCUGAUUGCUUCUUUGCUGUUUUUGAGACUGCGAUCGAUACUAUCUUCCUUUGCUUCUGUGAAGAUAGUUGCAUGAAUGACGGGACGGAACGUCCGUACUACAUGAGCGUGAAUCUUAUGCAAUAUGUGGAAGAAGCCAAGAAGGCGACGAACAACAAAAAUUAAUGUUUAGUGUUUGAAAUUAAUGUUUAUUGCGUGUUUUUUGGUAGAAUAGCUUUCGUUUGUUGUAUGUUACUGGUUAUAUAAGACGACCAAAUAUUUUUGUAAUUCGAAUCUACAGAGUUGUAAUUUAGGUUAGUUGUUGGCGUUACUUUUACCCUGUAAAAGUAUAAAAAUGUUCUGCAACAGAUUAUUUGGAUGAGACUGGAGGAAGUUACCCAGAAACUCAACUCAAAUGCUACAAUAUUUUUUUAAAAGAUUUAGGUUAGAAUGAAUGUUUUAUUUUUUAUAUAUCUAUUGGAAUACUACAAGCUUUCAAUGUUAUAAUUAAAAUUUACUAAUAAAUGUUUGAAAAUUAA